AUGUGGAGGAAGAAGUAUUACGAAAACCCGCGUCGCCUCGCGCUCGCAGCCGUUGCGAAGGAGACCGUGGCCAUCACGCCAACCAUCGCAUCAGGACUGCCGCAUUUGAACCCAGCAAGAUCCGAGAAGCUCGACCUAUCCACCUUGCCGCCUCUCGACCCAUCAAAAUGCCCGCGUUUCAAAACCACCACCACCGACGAACCAAACCCAACAUACAGCACCACAACCCGCGUCUUCAACCAAGACACAUUCGACGCCGCCCUCGCCAUGCCCAGCACCAUCCUAGAACGCCCACCCACUCCAACAACAUCAAAAAAACCCACCCAAACAGCCGAAGCCGACAUCCUCUCCCACCUCCAAACCACCGCCGCCUUCCCGCAGCACCUCAACCCAACCACAGCCGCCCGCGUCGCCGUGCUCAACAUGGCCUCGGAGCGCAGCCCCGGCGGCGGCUGGCUCAAGGGCGCCUCGGCCCAGGAGGAGGCCCUGUGCUUCCGCAGCACCCUGGCCGCGUCGCUGCACCAACCGCUGUACCCGCUCGCGCCGCGCGCGGGCCUGUACACGCGCGACGUCGUCGUGCUGCGGACGUCGGCGGCUGAGGGGCAUGAGUUGAUGGUGCCGGAGACGCCGGUGCCGUGUCUGCCUGUUGUGGGGGUGCUGAGUGUGGCGGGGAUUCGGAGGCCGGAGGUGAGCCCCGUUGGGGGGGUUGGGGAUGGUGGAGGUGGUGAUGGCGAGAGGGUGGUGGUGGAAGGGGUUCCGGGUGGUGAGAGGGUUGAGGAGCAGGCGGCCCAGGAUGAGGCGGGCGAGGAGCAACCAAAACAUGGCAAUGCCGCUAAGGGCAAGGGUAAAGCAAAAGCACCCAAGGGGCCGUUCGUGUUUGCCGACCCUGCGGCGCGAGACUUGACAAAGGACAAGAUGCGACUGUGCCUCCGUAUGGCCGGCGCGAAGGGACACACGAUGCUGGUCCUUGGGGCGAUCGGCUGCGGCGCGUUCCGAAACCCGCCCGAGGAAGUGGCCAAGUGCUGGCAAGAGGUGUUGGGUGAAGUCGAGUUCGCGGGUGGUUGGUUCAAGGAGAUCUGGUUCGCUGUGUACGACCUGAGGAAGGAGGGAAACUUCGAGAUUUUUAGGGAGGCGUUCGAUGGGAAAGUGAUUGCCGCACUUCCGGCUUCCGAACCCCCGGGAAAGGAAUGA